UGUGCAACUGACUUCUCACUACUGUAGUGUUGUUUUAUCAGCCAGUUUUAUAUUCUCAUCCUGCGUGUUCGUUUUCUAUGUUAUCGUUCUUGCGAGUUAUGAUUUGUUGUGCUAAAAUUUAUCUAUAAAUUGUUUUGAACAUAAGAUAUUUUAGUGUUUACGUAUGUUAGUAUGCGUAUGAUGUAAUUCUUAACUCUAGUAAAACUGUUAAAUUACAUUUUGGUUAUUGAAAAAUAAUUUAAUUUUUAAAUUAUGGCCUGAACUAAUCUCAGUUAAUAAGUGCGUUUACCAUAAAAAUAAAUACACAUAUUUUGUGAAUUAUACAAGUUAAAAAGAGCAUGUCAUUCAUGAUGGUUGACCGACUACCUGUUCCUAAACUAUCUACAUAUAUUUCGGCUACUGUCUUAUCCAUUUCAGCAGCUACCUAUUAUUCAGUUAAGUACAGCCUUGAUGCAUCACAUGAAUCAAAUUCUAAUAUUCAAGUUAAUGAAGAUCCAACAAAAACCGAUCCGAUGGAUGUAUAUUAUGAACAAAUGCUUAAUGUGUUGGCAUUUAUGCUUCAAGAUCCUCUUUGCUUUUUGGUUCUUUGUAACGGCGCAAUUUGUAGCAUAGUAAUGAUAGGCGCCGUUAUACAGUCACUUGUUCUCGGUAACUUAAGACCAGUAGAGCACGUACAAUUUCGGGAACGUCUUUGGAACUGGGUCAUUUACAAAUUCAUAUUCAUGUUUAUAAUCCUCAAAGCUUAUACAUUGGAUAAAGUAGCUCUUUGGCUAUUUUGGUAUUCUACCCUAGGAUUUCUUCAUUUGAUGACCAGUUUGUGUAAAGACCGAUUUGAAUAUAUGUGGAUGUCUAUGGGUACUGGAGCUAGAGUGAAUUGGAAAUAUUGUCCAACAUGCAGAUUGUCAUUAACAUUAGGUCAUAAUCAAAAUAUGCCGAUGAAUUCAACAAAUAAUGGUGGACAAGAGACAUUGGGCACUCAUACUCACAUUCCUCAUCAUUUUUUCCACUUCGAUGGGUCUAGAUAUUUAUCAUGGUUACCAAGUUUUUCUGUUGAAGUAACUCAUUCUUUAAGACCUACAAGUCAAAUACACACUUCACAAAUGGAAACAAUGGCUCGACAAGUUCUACAAUUAUUUCCACACUUUAACAUGCAUUCGAUCAUUGAAGAUUUGUCAACUACCCGUUCUGUCGAUUUAACUAUUGAUAACAUAUUAGAAGGUAGACUGGUGGCACCUCAACAAUUUAUUGAAGAGGAACCUGUUGUUGUCGAAACUACACCAAUUGUUAACAGCGUUGAACAAUUCAUCAAUACAUCUACACCUACUAGUUUUAACACUAAUAUUAGUGAACCUGCAAUUGAUGGACUUGUAAGUACGGGCAGCCAGUUUUCUAAGUCACCCGAUGAAAGAGAAAAUAUGCUAAGAGCUCGAAAACAGGCAAUGAUUAUGAAGGCCAGACAGAGGUACAUGAGCAAAGAUGGAGAUAGUUCAUCAAAAACUGACUAAUUAUGGCAUUGUAAAAGCACAGGCAUGCACACACUCACACAAAAUAAAGCUAAGACUGUGAUUAAAACCCAUUAUUUGAUUUAAAUUUAAGGAUAUAAUAUMAAUUAUUGCAUUUGUAUAAAAUAAUACAUAUAAAGUUCAAGAUCUAGAUGUCCAAUUCAAAAAUCCAAAACAAUUAUUUGUCCUCAAAAGUAUGUCUAAAAUGAUAAAACUAUAAAAAAAAAUCAUAUCUAGACAAUUAAACAUUGUUGUUGUUGGUUAUCCUACCUCAAAAUGUAUGACAACUUUACUCUUAAUGUUCACGAGGUGUCCUAUAUGUUUGAAAAAUAUUUUAUCAUCAUUAAAUGUUUGGGUUUUGUACAUAUUUCCUGGAUUUUGAGAUAUUUUUUGUAAUUUUAUAACCUUUCUAUAAACUAGAACUAAGUUAUACAUACAUCUUGAUUUAAAACCCCUUCUUUCAGUAGAUCCCCUAUAUAAUGCAUAACUAACAGAAGAUGUUUAUUGACAAGAUUAAUAUUUUGAUUUAUUUAAUUAUAAAAUUUAAUUCAUGUGGACAUUUUUGGUAUUUGAAUUUGCUGUAGUUAAAUAUUUGUCCAUUAAUUUACAUAUAGUUAUGCUUUUAACCUAUAACUAAAUUUAUAGGCUAUACUGAAUAAAUAUAAAUAUGUAAUGAUUGGUUUUCUGGCUCUGACAUUAAGAAUGUAAUAUGUAACAAUAUUUAGCAAUUUGUUGAAAGCAUUAUUCUAUGCUGACUAUAUUUGCAUGCUAUUUCAAUCUGGAUUAAAGUUCUAACUGAGAUUAUUUUAAAAAACAAAUAUUUUCAAAGGGUUAAAAUAUUGCUGAACUAUUGUAAAAUUUAUUAUUAUUGCA